AUGGAAGAUACUGCAUCACAGCAAGAUAGUGCGCGUUCGUUGGAUAAACUUUUGUGCUUUCUUCGAAAUGAAGUGCAAAGUGAGGAAAUGAUUAAGCUCGCUCGUACCGGGUUGGGAGCUUCACGUUCUGAACAUUCGCGUCCACAUGCUGAUGAUCCAGGUUGCUUUACAGCUCCUGCCUUGGUAAAUGUUCAAGACAAUACAGUUGUUGAUCCCAAUAUCCUAAAAGAAUUAAAAGAAAGAAAUAUUACCUUUUCUGAUUUGCAAGCUAAAGAUUAUGACAUUGAGUUGCUUUUAGGAGCAGAUGCCAUUGGAGACAUUAUUACUGGCAGUUCUCUGAAACUGAACUCUGGUGUAACUGUAGUUGGGACUAAAUUCGGAUACACUGUGAUUGGUAAAGUAAACAGAUUAUCUAAAGAACCUACUUCAACUACUAUUCCAGCAAUACUACAAAAUAAUUUGUGCAAUAAUGUAGUUUCGUUGCAUUGUGCUAAUCUUAGCGUAACUGAACUCUGGAAUUUAGGUGCCAUUGGCAUAACAGAUCCAACUGAAGAUGUUAAACGUAAACUUUCUCACUCUGACACCGUUAAGCAAUUUAAAGAGAAUUUAAAUGUUCUUCCUGAUGGCCGAUAUGAAUUGCCACUACCCUUUAAAUCUGAAAUUCGGUUACCUAACAAUAAGUCUAUUACUUUUAAAAGGCAUCAAAGAAUAUGUCAAAGAAUUAAUGAGGAAAAUCAGUUAGAUGAAUAUAAGGUAGUUUUUAAGCAAUGGGAAGACCUAAAAAUAAUAGAAAGGGUUCCUGAAACUGAAAUUGAUAAUUUGAGUUAUUAUUUGCCCCAUAGACCAGUUAUAAAGCAUACUAUCCAGACAAUGAAGGUAAGGUCCGUGUUCGACGCAUCCCUUCAUGAUUGUUUAAAUAGAGGGCCGAACUUAAUUGAACUCAUACCUGAUAUAAUUGACAGGUUUAUAUUGUAUUCUGUUGGUUUAUCAUCGGACAUAGAAAAAGAAUUUCUUCAGCUGAGUAUUAUCCCAGAACACAGAGAUUAUUUGAGGUUUUUUCUUCCAACUCUUGAAGAACCUAUGAUUUACAGACACUGCAGAGUGGUGUUCGGCAUUUGUUCAUCUCCGUUUCAACUCUCUGCAUCGAUAGAGCAUCUCUUGGAUAAUUCCCCUGCCGAGUUUAACGAUGUGACCCAAAAAUUAAAGCAUUCGUUUUAUGUUGACAAUUGUGUCACUGGGGUUCACGAUAUCAAACAGCAAGAAAAUUUUAUAGUUAAGGCUACAGAAGUAAUGGCUCGGGGAUAUUUUAACCUACGGGGUUCGGAAAGUAAUGUUCCAGGUCAUUGUAUUUCCCGUAGUUCAGGGUUUUUUGAGUCCAACUACCUUGUUACCCAAGUUACUAUUACAGGAGGCUUGGACUAUGAAAUUAAAAUGGGAUGA